AUGUUACAGAGAUUACCUCUGCUGCACCGCGCCGGAGCAGGUUACCUCUGCUGCACCGGAGCAGAUUACUUCUGCUGCACCGGAGCAGGUUACCUCUGCUGCACCGGAGCAGGUUACCUCUGCUGCACCGGAGCAGGUUACCUCUGCUGCACCGGAGCAGGUUACCUCUGCUGCACCGGAGCAGGUUACCUCUGCUGCACCGGAGCAGGUUACCUCUGCUGCACCGGAGCAGAUUACCUCUGCUGCACCGGAGCAGAUUACUUCUGCUGCACCGGAGCAGGUUACCUCUGCUUCACCGGAGCAGAUUACCUCUGCUGCACCGGAGCAGAUUACCUCUGCUGCACCGGAGCAGAUUACAUCUGCUGCACCGGAGCAGGUUACCUCUGCUGCACCGGAGCAGAUUACUUCUGCUGCACCGGAGCAGGUUAA